GCAAUUAGAUGAUUAAGAAAACAGAAAUUACAUUGCAACUCAGACUCAGGUGAAGGAACGGAAAGUCUUUUCAUCCUCUGCUUUCUUCACUCCAUUGAAUUCCGAAGCCCUCGCCGUCCACACUCUACACUCUACACUCCAUCUCGGUGCAUGUUUCUCUCUCAAAAUCACCGCCGCGUUAAAACGCUUAUCAUUCCGGAACCCUAGCCAUCUGCUAGCUUCUUCGCCGGGGGAUCCCCUCUAUUUCAAGUGCGCGGCCGCUCUAAAUUGAUUACAAUCGCCCUGCAAACAUGGCGAACUUAGCCCUAACUGGAAUAUUGGAAAAGAUGACUGGUAAGGAUAAGGACUACAGAUACAUGGCAACUUCUGAUUUGCUUAACGAGUUGAACAAAGAAGGGUUUAAACUCGAUGUUGAUCUCGAAGCGAAGCUUUCUAACAUUGUCAUUCAGCAACUCGAUGAUGCAGCAGGCGAUGUUUCCGGAUUAGCUGUCAAGUGCCUUGUUCCCUUGGUGAAAAAAAUCCACGAGCAGCAGGUUCUUGAGAUGACUAAUAAGCUUUGUGAUAAAUUGCUCAAUGGGAAAGAGCAAAAUCGUGACAUUGCCAGCAUUGCUGUUAAGACAAUUGUUGCUGAAGUUCCUAAUGCAACUGUUGCACAAUCUGUUCUUGUAUCCAUUUCUCCCAAGUUGAUACGAGGAAUAGUCACACAGGCGAUGGGCACAGAAAUCAAAUGUGAAUGCCUUGAUAUUUUGUGUGAUGUUUUACACAAAUAUGGCAAUCUAAUGGCAUCCGAUCAUGAGGUGCUGCUGAGUGCACUUUUGCCCCAGUUGAACACCAAUCAGGCCAGUGUGAGAAAGAAGGCUGUUUCAUGCAUUGCAUCACUGGCUUCAAGCUUGUCGGAUGAUUUGCUGGCAAAGGCUACAGUUGAAAUCAUCCUGCUUUUGAAAAACCAAACAACAAAAUCAGAACUUACUCGUACAGAUAUUCAAAUGAUUGGGGCGUUGAGCCGUGCUGUUGGCUAUCGUUUUGGUCCACACCUCGGAGACGCUGUUCCUAUUCUAAUUAACUACUGUAAUAAUGCAUCAGAGAAUGACGAAGAGCUUCGUGAGUAUAGCUUGCAGGCAUUAGAGAGUUUUCUACUUAGGUGUCCCAGGGAUAUCUCUUCCUACUGUGACCAAAUCUUACAUCUUACUUUGGAAUUUCUGAGUCAUGAUCCAAAUUUUACUGAUAACAUGGAAGAAGACACAGAUGACGAGAGUUAUGUGGAGGAGGAAGAUGAUGAUAGUGCUAAUGAGUACACUGAUGAUGAAGAUGUAAGCUGGAAAGUGCGGAGAGCUGCUGCCAAAUGUUUAGCUGCUUUAAUUGUUUCUCGGCCUGAGAUGCUUUCAAGACUAUAUGAAGAGGCUUGUCCAAAGUUGAUUGAUAGGUUUAAAGAAAGGGAAGAGAAUGUCAAGAUGGAUAUCUUCAAUACGUUCAUUGAAUUACUAAGACAAACAGGAAAUGUUACAAAAGGCCAGACAGAUUUUGAUGAAUCAAGUCCUAGAUAUCUAUUGAAGCAAGAGGUGGCAAAGAUUGUUCGAUCUGUAAAUAAACAGUUACGCGAGAAAUCUAUCAAGACAAAGGUUGGAGCUUUCUCUGUUUUGAAAGAACUGGUGAUAGUUUUGCCUGAUUGCCUUGCAGAACAUAUUGGAUCUCUGACGCCUGGAAUUGAGAAAGCACUUUGUGACAAAUCUUCUACCUCAAAUUUAAAGAUUGAAGCUCUUGUUUUUACUAGAUUAGUGUUGGCCUCACAUGCUCCUCCUGUUUUUCAUCCGUACAUCAAGGCAAUAUCUGCUCCAAUCAUAUCUUCUGUUGGUGAACGGUAUUAUAAAGUUACAGCAGAGGCAUUAAGAGUAUGUGGAGAACUUGUUCGUGUCGUGCGACCAGAUAUUGAGGUAUUUGAUUUUGAUUUUAAACCCUAUGUCCAUCCUAUAUAUGCUGCUAUCAUGUCACGUUUGACCAAUCAAGAUCAGGAUCAGGAAGUGAAAGAAUGUGCAAUUUCUUGCAUGGGACUUGUGGUUUCUACAUUUGGUGAUCAUCUCGGGGCAGAGCUACCUUCAUGCCUCCCUGUGCUUGUUGAUCGAAUGGGAAAUGAGAUUACUCGUCUUACAGCUGUCAAGGCAUUUGCUGUCAUUGCUGCUUCUCCUCUGCACAUUGACCUAUCGUGUGUUUUAGAGCAUGUAAUUUCUGAGUUGACUGCAUUUCUAAGAAAGGCCAAUCGAGCGCUAAGACAGGCUACACUUGGGACACUGAACACACUUAUUGUAGGAUAUGGCGACAAAAUUGGUUCAGCUGCUUAUGAAGUCAUUGUUGCUGAGCUUUCAACUCUGAUCAGUGACUCAGACUUGCAUAUGGCUGCUCUUGCAUUGGAAUUGUGUUGCACAUUAAUGGCUGACAAAAGAUCUGGUCCGACUGUCGGUCUGACUGUCCGAAAUAAAGUUCUGCCACAAGCUCUGACUUUAAUUAGAAGCUCUCUGCUCCAGGGCCAGGCCCUUCUGGCACUACGAAAUUUCUUCACUGCGCUGGUUUACUCGGCCAACACAAGCUUUGAUGUACUGCUUGAUUCUCUUCUUUCUGCUGCCAAACCAUCUGCCCAGGCUGGUGCUGUUGCGAAACAGGCUUUAUUCUCAAUUGCUCAAUGUGUGGCUGUUCUCUGUCUAUCUGCUGGCGACAAAAAGUGUUCCUCUACAGUUAACAUGCUUACAGACAUCUUAAAAGCUGAUAGCAGUACCAACUCUGCCAAGCAACAUCUCUCCUUGCUGUGCUUGGGAGAAAUUGGCAGGAGAAAAGAUUUAAGUUCUCAUGACCACAUAGAGAACAUUGUUAUUGAGUCUUUCCAGUCGCCAUUUGAAGAAAUAAAAUCCGCUGCAUCUUAUGCCCUGGGAAACAUUGCAGUCGGGAAUCUGCCUAAAUAUUUGCCUUUCAUCUUGGACAAAAUUGAUAAUCAGCAAAAGAAGCAGUAUCUGUUGCUCCAUUCUCUGAAGGAGGUCAUCGUGAGACAAUCUGUAGAUAAAGCUGAAUUUGAUGAUUCCAGUGUUGACAAGAUCACUAAAUUGCUAUUUAACCACUGUGAAAGUGACGAAGAGGGUGUUCGUAAUGUGGUGGCUGAGUGCCUGGGGAAAAUUGCUCUUAUUGAGCCUGGUAAACUUGUUCCUGCUCUUAAGGAGAGGACAUCCAGUCCUGCUGCAUUCACCCGGGCAACUGUUGUUAUAGCAGUGAAAUAUUCUAUAGUUGAGCGGCAGGAGAAAAUUGACGAGAUUCUGUACCCAGAGAUUUCUACUUUCUUGAUGCUUAUCAAGGAUCAAGACCGGCAUGUGAGACGUGCUGCUGUUUUGGCCCUGAGUACUGCUGCUCAUAAUAAACCAAACCUGAUAAAGUCGCUGUUACCAGAGCUAUUGCCACUCCUCUAUGAUCAAACAGUAAUAAAGAAAGAAUUGAUCCGGACAGUAGAUCUUGGCCCUUUCAAGCACACAGUAGAUGAUGGGCUUGAAUUGAGGAAAGCUGCUUUUGAAUGUGUGGACACUUUGUUAGAAAGUUGCCUUGAUCAAGUCAACCCAUCUUCGUUUUUAGUACCAUACCUCUUAUCUGGUUUAGAUGAUCAUUAUGAUGUUAAAAUGCCUUGCCAUCUUAUCCUUUCAAAGUUGGCUGAUAAGUGCCCAUCUGCUGUUUUGGCAGUAUUGGAUUCGUUGGUGGAUCCUCUCCAGAAGACCAUCAAUUUUAGGCCCAAGCAAGAUGCGGUCAAACAAGAAGUAGAUCGUAAUGAAGACAUGAUCCGAAGUGCCCUUCGAGCGAUCGCAUCUUUAAACCGAAUAAGUGGAGGAGAUUGUAGUCACAAGUUUAAGAAUCUUAUGAAUGAAAUUGGCAAGUCCAAGACAUUAUCUGAGAAAUACUCAUCCAUCCGGAAUGAAUGACAUUGCUACAUCCGAUGAGCCUUGCAGACAUCGGUGAACCUGUGAUACUGAUCAGAGGGUUGUACUACACACUGUUUAUGCAAAUGCCAACAUGUGAGGCUAAAUUAUGUAAAGAAGUGAUCUCAUCGUGAUGUCUGGGUAUUUAUCUGGUAUUAGGAUCAUUGACCCAGAAUGACAUAUCCUCGAUUUUUCACCAUUAAAUCUUCUCUCUGUUAUUUUGGCUGGUGCUAUGUAAAUUAGUGAUAGUUUUCAAUUAUUUUGCAUUAGAAGAGGAAAGAUUAAAAGAUCAUGAAUUAUUCUAUUUUCAUUUUCUGUCCAUUAGUAACUGAUACAAGUACUUUAUUA